AUUCCGAUCGAUGGAAAAACUGUCAACUUCUCUGCCGUACUUCUGCGAGACUCAUGUCCCUGCCCAUCAUGCGUGCACGAAUCAACCAACCAGAGACUCUUCUCCGUCGCAGACAUCCCUGCCAACGUGAAAGCGCGAGCGGUCGAAGUUGAUACUGCUUCCGACUCUGUGAGCAUCAGCUGGGAGAACGAUGCACAUGGCUGUACACCUGAACAUACUACAAAUCUGGACAUGGCGACUUUGAGGAGUUUCAGCCAGCCUGCGUCCUCACCCACGUCGUGUCUCCCGUCGCAAGUUCUGUGGGGUCGAGAGCCUCGUAAGAGUCUUGACCUGCCUGAUUACGACUACGAAACGUACAUGAAGGAUGAUGCAACACUUUAUAAGCUGAUCAAUCAGUUGCGUAUUGACGGGCUCGCCUUUGUCACCAAUGUCCCUGGCGUGGAAGAGUCCUUGGCCACGAUUGCCACGCGCAUCGGUCCGAUCAAGGAUACCUUCUAUGGGUAUACAUGGGACGUGCGUACAGUUCCCAAGGCCAUCAACGCCGCAUACACGUCGCAUGGUCUCGGCUUCCACACAGACCUGCUCUACUUCCAGCAGCCGCCGCACAUCCAACUCCUCCACUGCGUCCAGUCUGCCUCUUCCGGGGGAGCCAGCGUUUUUGCGGAUGCCUAUAAAGCGGCCGUGGACCUCUUCGAGACAGACAUGGAAGCCUUUGACACUCUGGCUACGGUCCCUGUCAACUAUCACUAUAAUCAUCCCAACGCGAAUGUGUAUCGCACGACUAAGCCUGUCAUUGACCUACGGCCCAUGCGGAUCGGUGACCAGAUCUACACCCGCAUCAACUGGGGACCUCCAUUCCUAGCCCCAUUCUCCAACCACGAAGCCCAAGGUGUCUCGGCGCUGAACGACAAAGUCGAACGCUGGCACGACGCGGCGGUAAAGUUCAAUGCGCUGCUGCAGCGACCAGAGUACCUGUUUGAGCGCAAGAUGAACCCUGGCGACUGUGUCUUGUUCGACAACACACGGACGCUGCACUCGCGACGGGCAUUUGACAUGGCUGAUGUUGGGAAGCCAAGGUGGCUAAGGGGAACGUAUGUUGAUAAGGAUCCUUAUUUGAGCAAGCUGCGCGUCUUGCAGAACAAAUUUGGGCGGCAGGGGCAGUAG